AUGAGAUUCAACAAUAACCUCUCUAAGACCUUCAAAUCAUUAACCAGGUCAUUCUCCCUUACUAGAUCCAACAUGGCCACUGCUCCUCAAGUCUACACUAUCAAAGAGCUCACCGAUGCUCAAAAGAACUACAUCAAGGCCUCUGUGCCUGUGUUGGAGCUGUCUGGACUUGACUUGACCAAGCAAUUCUACAACUACAUGCUUGACAACUACGACGAAGUGAAGCCAUUCUUCAAUGCUUCCAACCAGGUGACAUUCAAGCAGCCAAAGGUUUUGGCCUUUGCCUUGCUUAACUACGCCAAGAACAUCGACGACUUGACUCCAUUGCACGACUUCGUUGAACAGAUCGUCGUGAAGCACGUCGGUUUGCAAGUGAAGGCCGAGCACUACCCUAUUGUCGGUAACUCCCUUAUUACCACCAUCAAGAACCUCUUGGGCCCAGAAGUCGCCACCGAGGAGUUUGUUGAUGCUUGGGUGACCGCUUACGGAAACUUGGCUCAGAUCUUGAUUGAUGCCGAGCAUUCCUUGUACCAAAAGCAGCCAUGGCAAGGAUUCAGAGAGUUCACUGUCACCAAGUUGGUGGACGAGUGCGCUGACGUUAAGUCCGUUUACUUCACCCCUAAGGAUGGUGGUAAGAUCGGCAUGCCAUUGUCUGGUCAAUACUUGGGUUUCAGAUUUAUCACUGAGGACUCUGACAUUCAGAAGUCCAGAGAGUACUCUAUCUCUGACAUUCCACACAACAACGAAUACAGAAUCUCCGUCAGAAAGGUCGGCGAUGGUGUCGUUUCUUCUCACAUCCACGAGAAGUUGAAGACUGGUGACACCAUUCUUGUCGCUCCUCCUGCCGGUAGAUUGAUUUACCAAGAGACCGACAAGGACAUGGUCAUCUUUGCUGGAGGUAUUGGUAUCACACCUUUGGUUUCCAUCAUCGAGAAGGGUUUGGCUGACAACAAGAGCGUUACUCUUCUUAACUCCAACAGAGGCGAGUCCCACCGUCCAUUUGGUGAGUGGAUGUCUGAGUUGAAGCUGAAGUACCCUAAGUUCACCGUCCAGGAGUACAUUGAGACCAAAUUGACACCUCAAGACAUCUCCAACUUGGAGCUUGCAAACAAGGAAGUUUACUUGCUUGGUCCAAGCAGCUACAUGAACUUCGUCAGAGAGGAGUUGGCAAAGAACUCCGUCCAAAAGGUUCACUCCGAGUACUUUGGCCCAACUGAGGUUUAA